AUCAUUAACUUAUCGUUCUCAUGUCAUAUAUAUGCGGACAAUAAAAGCGUUUCAGUUAAAAAGAGAAUUUAAGACUGACAAUCUUAAAAGAUGACGACACUGAACGGAGUUUGUGCAUUUGUCCUCUGUUUCACCGGAAGCGUCUUGAUGUUAGUUGGACCAUCAACACAAACCCCAGCGAGCCAUAGGGCGCAAGAUAAUUACAAUGCAGCCUGUAAAACCUGGAAUACUACUUUCAACAAAUGUCAAGAAUGUCAUACUGGAUUUACCGGACCAAAUUGCACUAUCAAAUGUCGCUACCCUAGCUAUGGAAGAGGAUGUCAAAAUGUGUGUAACUGUAUUGAAACUUUCUGCAAUCGAUCGACUGGAUGUAAAGAUGGAUCACCCACAAUAUCACCAAUAUCAACUAAAAGUAACAUUAAGAAAACUUCCGUUAGUCGGUUUACGACUGAAAAAAUACAUUGUUCUGCAGGAUUCGUUGGAAAUGAUUGCACUAUACCGUGUCGCUUUCCAUCCUUUGGAUUUAAAUGUCAGUCAAAAUGUAAUUGCAGUAUGGAAAAUUGUAACCACAUAAUAGGUUGUAAUGAGUCCUCUACAAUCUGUAACACCGAGGAAAGUAACAACUUGCAAGCAAUGAUGUACAGUACUGUGGUGCUAAGUGUUUGGGCAAUUCUUCAAAUCAGCAUCUAUCUAUAUUUCUCAUUGCAUUUGUCUUCGGCGACUCAAUUAAGUAUAGGCUAUACAUGAAUAAAUAUAUGCCGACUACACUUUUUCUCAUACAUCAUGCAAUUCCUGCUUGUGUCUGUCAGGUUUCGCAUUGCAUGGUUUAGACACCGCUUCGCAGUUGUUAUUUUUGUGAUUUUU